CAGAGACGACGACAACAUACCUAUAAGUUUCUUUGAGUUUACGUGGAGGUAAUAAUAAUAAUACAGUCGUGCUGUGAUUGCCUGCCACGAUGGCCGAUGAGGCUACAGCUGGUGCUGGUUCGCCGACGAGCGCUAUGGCAAAAACUAUGAAGUCCCAGCAAACCGUAGUCCCGAAUAACGUACCCGAGAGCCCAGUAGAAAGUGAAUUGAGUAUACUUAAGAUGCAAGCAUAUCAAACCCUAGAAAGGCUGGAGGAGUCUGGUGAGAAAGGAACAGAAUCCGAAGGAGCAACGUGGAACAAUCCUUUAGGUUUCUUGUUACAUGCCAAAGCACCAGAAGAGAUUUUCACUCUCAUACAAGACCUGGUAGUCUACGAGGAAGCACCAGCCCAGGUUAAAGAUGGCAAGUCACCAACCGAGCAAAAUCAAAUAACAAGUUUGCCACCACUGACAGAUGCAGCCAAGCUCGCUCUGAUAUCGCAUUCGGUGUCGGCCUAUGCCAUGUCAUUGCCGAGAUCGCACUCUCGCAAACUGGCCUCUCGCCUGACCGUGGAUACCACGAGAUGGCUGAGUCACAUCUUUCGAUUCGUCGACUGUGCCUCGGCCUUUCACGAGGAUCCACUCGAGGGUCUCGUGAGGGUGACAAGGCUUGCCCUCCAUAAAAAGUACCCGAGGUACAUGGACGAGGGAUACGCUGCACUGGCCAACUCGCCGCCAUUGAUUUACAGUAGCGUCGCGCCUCUUGGCUUGGUUCAACAUUUGUGCAAACAGCUUCUGUUACCAUUGCACUGUAUCAGACCGAUUCCCCAAAACACUUUGUUCGGUUCGCGUCAUACAAUGGACAUUGCAGCCCUGGAAAGACGCCUGACCGAGGAUUCUCAGUCAAAUUCCGUGACUCCCUUGUUGGUACUGGCUGAAGCCGGAUCUGAGCUCACGGGACAUUGCGACAAUAUUACUAGGCUACAGGAAAUAUGUGAUAAAUAUAAUGUCUGGCUGCAUCUUCGCGGCAAUUCCUUAGCAGCUUUAGCUUUAAGUAACUCGUCCAAGGAUUUGACUUCAAAACUUGCCGACAGUAUUACAUUGUCCCUUGGUGUUUGGCUGGGCAUACCUUCGCUACCAGUGGUCACGUUGUACAGAUUGACCGAUACACGAGGUGGACACUCGACUGCCAGUCUGAUUGCAGAAACGCUCUCAGGGCGUCUGCCUACUUUGCCGCUUUGGACGGCGUUACAGGCCUUGGGCAGGGACAGCAUUGUCAACCGGUUCAAGCACUGCUUCUUGGUUGUCGAAGAGCUCUACAAUAAGCUCAAAAAAUUCAACUGUAUCAGAUUGCUCAGCCAGGAACCAGGAGGCGAUGGCGGUGUUUACUCGUUAAAAGAAAUCCUAACAAACAACACGCUUGGCACAGCUCAGCUACUCGAGGUUGUGUCCAGUGCUUUGGUUUUCCAGUUUGUGCCAUCCAAGGACGAAGAUCAAUCGCAACAACAGCAGCAGGAACAACAACGCGUACCCGCUUAUUACGACAAGCUAAACUCAUGGCUCGGCCAGAUCCUCCAACGCGACAUACAGAACGUCGAAAUUGAGUUUUGUAAAAUCGAACAGUAUGGUGUCGCUAUCAGGAUCUGUCCACUCGAGAGUCCUGAGUAUCCACCUUGCAGCGACGACAUCGAUAGCGUCGUUGCCUGUCUCGAGCAACAAAUUGAUAUACUGUUGGCGACAGUACAUCACAAGGAGACGUUCACAAAACUGGUGUCGGAAAAUGAAUCGUUACGUUUGGUGGAGAUCCCAGAAUGGGCAGGGCUGGGUGGCGUGAGAUACUCUCCUCCGUGGACGUGGGAUUUAGCUAAAAACGAGUUGAACAAUCUGAACGGACAACUGGUCGAAACUCUGAGGCAUACGGACAUUGCGUUCUCUCUAGGCACAGACGACGAGGGACUGGCUUUUGUGCGAUUCGGAAUGGUUACUCAUGAGACGGAUGUGGAAGAUUUGUUGUCGCUCGUUUUAAAAGUUGGCCAGGAUUUGGAAGCCAGUUCCAAGUUGAUGGACACAAUGUCUGAAGUUGUCAAACGUGGCAUAGAAGCCGCGCAGACAGACUUGGAGCGCGAAAACGCUGAAAACGCUGAAAAACUAUUGCAAGAGGGAAUGGUAAAAAUACUUCGACACGUGCCCGUUGUAGGAACUUUCGUUAAUUGGUGGAAUCCACCGCCAAAAGAAAGUGGAGUCAGGGGCAGAAGCCUAAAUCUCCAAGCAGGAGUUGUCGAGAGUACAGAAAACAUUUACAAAUAUCACAUGCAACUUCAGCCCAACUCGACGACGAGCAAUGGCUCGGGAGGGGCUCGAACGCCGCCUCAGCCUAUGAUCCAAACACCUGUGAGUCAAAGCCACAGCCGAUCCUCCAGCCAUUCCAGUCAACAGAGCGGCAAGACGUCGUUACAAAACAUCAUUACGACAGUCACUGUACCGUCUCCACCGGUAAACAAGGAUAAAACGAUAGAGUAACGUUUAUAUUUUUUGUAAAAGGAUGUAAUUGUUGAAAAAUAUUUGUAUGAGAAAAAAAUUGCAUGCUAGGUAAUAUUUUUCAUUGAGCUCCAGAAAGUGGAAUAACUGCGAGAGAGAAAGAGAGAGGGAGAGAUUGUUGUUCAUCUGUUUUUUUUAUCCAAUGA